UGAGGAAGCGCGCGAGGAAGUGGCGACUGAGCUAACUUUCAGCAUCAAAACAGUCGCGAGGAGCAGUCAAUAACUAAUAAAUAAUAACUGAUCAAUACAGAGAUAAUCAAUACCCGCAGCACGGGCUGAGCACAGAACCGAGCCGCGCAGGAGGACAGCUGGACAAGGCGAGCUCCAGCGGACAGCAGAGGCGUAUUGAUGAUAAGCAUGUUUGUUGAUUGAUUGAUUGAUUGGUAAUCGAUGGUGUUGCUGUUUCCCGCUCAGUGCCGCGGCGGUGAGUGAUGGAGGAUCCUGCCAUGUCUGUGGAGGAGCUGAGCGUCUCGCAGCGCUCAGACAGGAGGAGCUUCACCGCUCUGAUCGCAGGCCGAGCUGUGAAGAGACGGAGGCUGCAGAGCGUUGAGGAGCUCCAGCAGGCGGCGCUGCAGCUCAUCAGCCACAACCACAACCUCUCUGACCUCAUCCUGGAGGCCGGUUCAGGCGCUGAGGCUGGAGGAGAGAUCUGUGAGGGGGCUGCAGGGAGUGGAUAUGUUCCUGAUAAAAACACCGUUGGAAAGGUUGGAGCGUCUCUGCUGGAGGGUGAGUUGCGGAGGCAGGCGGGUGAGCUGGGGGUCCCGGUGGGGGUCUUGUGUGUGCAGGUGGUGAUGGAGAAGCUCACGGGUCUGAACCUGCGUGGGACCGGAGAGACAGCCAUGAUCGACUCCAUUCAGAGGGCUGAGCUGGCCGUGCUGCUGCAGGCUGUGCGGGAGCUGCUGUGUGUGUUCAGCCCGAAGCUGCUGUGGCAGCAGUACUGGAAAACACAGCCGGUGCUGGAGGUCGUGUACUGUCUACACGCUGAGGAGAUCCUACCGCUGCAGAACCUGCUGCACAGCGAGCCGGCCGUGUGUGUGUGGUUAGUGUCUCAGUUACAGAGCCUGUGCGGAUGCAGGGCCUCAGAUCCAGAAGAUGAGGAAGUGCAGCGCCGGAUUUUGUCCGCGGUGGUUAGUGUUCUGGUUGGUUCUGGCUUUGAGGACUCUGUGGACUCUGCUGUGUCUCGGUCCUGCUGCUCUGUGCUGGACCACAUGCUGUCCUGGCUGCUGGACUCUCUGGGAAACACAGACCCCUCACAGUCCGACCCACCCGCCGCUGCAGUGUGGCUGCAGGUGUUUGACCCGGCACUGUUGGGUGUUUAUGUGUCAGAGGAGACACUCCGCCGCUUUUACACACACUCUCUCACACACAUCCUCACACACCGGCCCCGGCUGAAAGUGUCCGACGCCAUCUCCAUGCAGAGUCAGUGGAGCUUCACCAAAACUCCUAGACUGCUCACCGACCUCUACUGUAAGGUGUGUAUGGUGUUCAGUGUGGAGGUGGUGUUGGCUCACCUGCAGCAGGUGUUGGAGACUCGUGAGGUCAACUGGCAGAAUGUUCUGUCCUGCGUCUCCACACUGCUGGUGUACCAGACAAACACACACAGCUGCCUCAGAGAGCUGCUGUCUAGGCUGCUGACGUCAGCGUUUGAGUCGUAUGACGUGGAGAGGAUGAUCACUGCCUUCCUGCUGGCUCGCCAGGGGGCACUAGAGGGCCCUGCUGUGUUCCCCUCCUACAGCGACUGGUUUAAGCUGUGUUUUGGUGGGGCAAGCGGUUACCAUGGAAACAGCAAGAAGUCUCUGGUGUUUCUGCUGAAGUUCCUGUCGGACCUUGUGCCCUUUGACCCCCCACAGUAUCUAAAGGUCCAUGUGAUGUAUCCUCCGUUCGUGUCAGUGAAGCACCGCUCUCUCCUGCAGGAAUAUGUCUCUCUCGCCCGAACUCGUCUGGCUGACCUGAAGGUUUCUGUGGAGGAGAUGGGUUUGUUUGAGGUUGUUUCUGGUGCUGCAGCUGAAGAUCAGCUUCAGUGUCCAGCUCAGCAGGAUGUGGAAAAGGCCAUAGCUCUGUUCCAAAGCACUGGCAGGAUCUCUGUGACUGUGAUGGAGGCCAGUAUUUUCAGGAGGCCGUAUUUUCUGUCCCGGUUCCUCCCUGUUCUGCUGACCCCACGUGUGCUCCCAGAGAAGCCGGACACCAGGAUGGCGUUCAUCGAGGCCCUGAGGAAAGCGGAGAAGAUUCCAGCAGCUCUGUACUCGUCCUACACUGAGUCGUGUCUGAGAGAGCGGCAGGUGCACAGAGCAGGUGUGCACAGCUCCCAAGAGCAGGAGGGGAACCCCCAGAUACUCCUAAAGGCUCAGCUCCAGGAGCUGAGGAGACUGCUGUCUGCAGGGGCUGCUGAAGGAGAUGUUCGAGCUCAGCUGGCCAACAUUUCACACUCACUCUACAGUGUUUGUGCUGACAGCCCAGAUGAACCUGUUACAGUUAUCACGCUGACCCUGGACCAGCCCCCUCCGCCACACACAACUGCUGUGGUGAAUGUGAUCCUGCAGAGUUUCUGUCAGUGUGUGUUGGAGGCGUGUAGAGUCAGUCCUCCACACAGACAGGGUCAGUGGGCCGGGCAGUUUGUGAAGAUGCUGCUUGGACACACGAAGAUCUACACAGCACUGCUGCACCGAGUCUCACUGCUACUGCAGAUACAGGGUCCAUCUCUGGCUGCUCCUCAUGUUCUGGGUCUGGCCGUGUUCCUGGUGGAGCUGCAUGUAUGUAGAAGUUCGUGUUCUCCAGUUAAACUCUCCUCUCCUCGCUGCAUCUGUGUGUCUCCUGCUGAGGCUCUGAGUUCUGUCCUGCCCUCAUCCACCAAAACCCACAUGGACUUCUCGCUUAGGUUGUGUGUGUGUGCUGUGUGUUAUGCUCUGUGUAGGUCCAGCUCUCACACUGAAAGUCUCUCACACUUCAUCCCCGGACACCUCUAUAAACAGCUGAUGUUCCUGGUGCCCAGGCUGCUGCCGGAGACUCGGGAGUGUGUGUUGGCAGUGGAGAGAAGUGUGUGCGGUGGUCAAGACGAAGCGGCGAGUGUGUCGGGAUGGGCGAGUGUUACUGACCCCACUGUGAGUGUGAGGAGCUCAGCCAGAGCACUGUGGACACACAGCACCGUCAGGAACCUGCAGGAACAUCCAGAAUACCAGUUGUCCUUCUCAGAAUGGCUGCUGGCUGAGCUCAGAGUGCAGCGCAGUGUGGACGCUCUCACUGAUACAGAGAGACAGGUGUACGAGCACUGGGUGUGUCAGCAGUGGUUCCUGCCGCAGUCUGUGAGCUCUGGAGGCUGUGGAGGAAACACUGAGACCGCGUGUUCUUACAUCAUCAACUCUCUGCUGGACAUGAGUUUGCAGCCAGUGCAGGAUCCCUCUGCCCCGCCCCACACAGACAGCUGCUCUACAGACAUUCUCUCCAGACUGCAGGAGCUGCUGUGGGAGCUGCAGUUUUCUCGAGAUCAGAGCAGGACAGAGAGAGAGGGGGGACAUUUCCUCUGGGACCUCAUAGACCAGCGCUGCUCCGCCACCUCUGGUCCUGAGCACAUGGGCAGUGAGCUGGAGCUCCAGAGAAUACUGCACACCUGCAACAGGGUGCUGUUGGCGCUGCCAGCUGCCGUGCUGGUGAGAGUGAGCCGUGUUGGAGGGAGGCGUGUGCUGGACUGCCGCUCUCUGAUAGAGCACAUUAACAACCAUCAGAGGAGGGUUUGCUGUCCGGCUGGUGUUCUGUCCUGCUCCCUCACCACUCACUUCCUCAAAGCGGUGCUGAGUGCGAGUGCUGGCUGUGAAUGUCCUGCUGAAGCUGUGAAUGCGUCUCUGUCUCAGAUCCAUCUGCAGUGUCCUCUCCUGCUGUUUUCUGCUGGGCGGUGGUGGGGGUUUGUCCGUCCUGUGCUGUGCUCUCUGUGGGGGCGGCUGGUGGGGGGAGUGGAACCUGCGCUGAUACAGAUACUGAAUGACUGCCAUCAGUGGGCCAGCAGGUCAGUGGGGGGUCUCUGUGCAGACUCCUCGGCUCCUGCUGAGCUCCUUGCUGUUUGUCUGCACAGUGAACUGCAGGGCAGCGACGCCGAAUGCAUUAAAUCACAGCUGACGCUGUCAGAGCGGAACAGACAGGUGCUGGUUUUCCUGCUGUUCCUGUACAUUACAGACUUCCUGUCUGCUCAGCUCAGCUCUCAGGGUGAGAAGAGUGUGAAUCACACUAAAGAUCUCAGCGGCCACCUCCUGUCUCUGCUGGCGGACUCUUCUGAUUGGCUGGCACUUUUCCACCAAUCAGGAUCUGAGCAGAGCAUCUACCGCUGCGUCUCCAUGGUGACCACGGACGCCAACAUCCGUCUGAUGCCCUUCGCCUUCUACAGUGUGUUGUCAUGUGUAGAUGAGUGUGUGAUGAUGCGAGCGUUGAAGGCUCCUGGUUUCCUGUACACGGUGGUGAUGUCAUACGCUGCCCUGCUGAAGCUGUUCCUGCAUGGACACACUGCAGCCAUCAGCUCUGAGACUCCACAGCAGAUUCUGUCUAAAGCUCAGCAGAUCGUUCUGAAGUGUGUUCAUCUGAGUCCCCACAGCGCCCUCACUCUCAGCCAGCGCAGCCAGCUGGAGGCGGAAUGCGCAGAGCUAGACCCCGAAGUGACCGCUGCACUAUCUACACUUCACCCUGAUGACCUUGGCUUUGACUUUUGACCUCAGAUCGAGUCCGAGUCUGAGAAACAUCUGUUUCAACAUCUGCAUCACGAAACAGGAACAUUAAAGAAAUGUUGUGAACUGUGUUCGAGCUGAAUGUGACUUUCAUAACUUGAAAAAAGUAUUAAAUGUAAUAAAAAGUUGAAUCAUC